CGCACCCUUUCAUCUCUUUCAUCUUUUUUCUUUCCAGUUAUUUCUAUCACUCUUAUCAAUAUUCUUAGUCAGCUUUUCAUCGAAGGGAUCAUUUGCAUCAUAAUCAAGUCUAUUUGUUGAAUCCUCUUUUGUUCACGUGAUCUACACUGCGACAUUAUCGACACCUACAAACCGAAUCGCAGUGGAUUAUUUCCGGGAAUCUGUACACUCAUGUAUCAUCAAUAUCAACAGCCUGCGCAUCAGUCACAUGAUGGCCAGAUCAACGGAGGACACCAAAAUAAUGUAGAUCCUUUUGAAGUCCGACAGCAGUACCGGAAUGAGCUUGCUACAUUGACUUUCAAUUCCAAGCCUAUCAUUACGAGUUUGACCAUCGCCGCUGGCGAUAAUCUCAGUGUCUCAAAAGUUAUUGUCCAGACAAUUGAAGAAAGAAUCAGAACUGCUCCGCCAAGUCAAAAACUUCCAACUUUAUAUCUUAUUGACUCUAUCAUCAAAAAUGUUGGUGGACCCUAUCUGAAUCUCUUUGCUCGAACAAUCGUCAACCUAUUCCUGGAUGCUUACCAAGUGGUGGAUGCUGCCACAAAAGCGAGUUUCGAAAAGGUGUUGGGGACUUGGCCUAACUGGAACACUCCACUUUUCCCUAGGGAUUUGGUUGCAAGGAUUGAGCGUGGGGUACAGUCAAUGCGCCAGCAGAAGCAGCCACAACAACACAAUUAUCAACACCGGCAGCAUCCAUCGAUGCACGUCAAUCCUCAUUUUACGGAUCGAUCGCACGAGAGCUCUUUUAGCCAUGGGCAGGGGAGUAUGUAUGGUAGGAAUGGAUCUCCAGGACUUCAAAAUAGGACUGACCCAGUUGUCCAGGUAGAGGCUAGGGUUGAUAACGCCUUGCUUCAAGAAAUUCAAUUGUUGAUGCUUCAGAAGCAACGAGAAAUUAUCCUUAACCCCAAUGAUCAAGCCAGCGUAAAACAGGUGGCCAUUCUUCAACAGCUGGAGAUAAUCGUGAAGACAACACAGCUGACGCCGGAAAAUGCUAACAUGAUCCGUCAGCAGCUUGCUCAGCUCUGGACCGCUGCACCAUCUGCAUUGCCUGCAGCGUCUGCACCGCCCGCACCAUCUGCACCAUCUGCGUCACCUGCGCCAUCUGUGCCAGUACUUCCCGGCUUUCCUCAGCCUAAUAUGUCACAACCUGGUUUACCACAAGUGGUACCCAUGGUGUCGACUUCAGUGCCACCGGGUAUGAUGAUCCCUCCCCCAAUUCAUCAUCAGCAGCCCACGUCGUCUGCUGCUUCUGUCAUACCCACCUCUCAAAUCCCACCAUUCCCAGGUAUGCCGCCACACUUUGCGCCACACUUGCCACCUCUAGGCUCAAUUCCUAGCCCACAAACAAUGGUUGCACCACUGCCAGCUACGUCUUUACCCUUUGUCCCAGGUAGCAUGCCUCCAAUGCCAGGGAUGUCUCCUAUGCCUUCUUUGCCAUCUAUUCCCAUGAGUGCUGCUGUAGCUUCACCCACAGUAGCCCCAGCUGUAGCAAGCCCCAUUCCUCCAUCCCGACCUGCAGCUAUAGUGCCGCCUGCGGCUAGCGACUUGAUUGCCAGUUUGAUGCAAUCGGGGCUUUUGGGCCCUAAUGGCACACUUACGAGCCAACUUCUGCAGAAUACAGCUAAUCUGAACCGAGCAUCACCAUCGCCAUCGCCAUUGAUGACGGCUGCAACCGCUGCAACUGCGAAGCCGCCAUUGCCUCCAAACACAUCUAUUACCCAAGUCAACCAAAGCGAGCAUGAUCAAGGCGUCAUGUCAAUUGGUAUGAUCGAACUGACAAGCCAAGAUAUUCAAAGGAGACGACCUGCGGCGAUUCAAGUCAUGUAUGGGACACCUCCAUUGCAAUGCAAUCAAUGCGGAUACCGUUGUCCAAAGUCUGCAGAUGCUCAGAAGAAAAUGGAUGCACACUUAGACUGGCAUUUCCGUCAAAACCGGCGAAUGAAGGAUAAAGCAAAGAAGAGUCAUUCACGCAGUUGGCUUGUCGGAGAAGAAGAUUGGAUCCAUUCGCGUGAGAUUGACCUUAGUCAAAGUCAACAAUCUGUGUUCUUUGACUUUGGAUCUAGUGUAAGCAAGACUAGCAAAGAUGAGCAGGCGCUACAAGAGGAAAUCAAUGCACUUAAGGAACAAACCGUGUCUGAGAUGUCACUUAUUGACAAAUUGCGCGCGGAUGAAAAGGAUACAAUAACCGUAGCAGCGGCCAUGAAUACGAUUGCCAAGGGCUGUUCUGUCUGCAAAGAAAAGUUUAUCAAGAUUUGGAACGAUAUAGAGGAAGAGUGGUCAUAUAAGAAUGCAACAGUUGUUGACAGAAUGAUAUAUCAUGCUACAUGUCACGCAGAUCUUCUUCGAUCUAAUCAACGUCAGGCUGCCUUGGUAGAGGCCGCAGUGGCAGCAGCAGCAGCGGUGGCUACUGCCUCUGCAACAGAUCCGUCUAUAAUGACGACAACGAUAUCGCCUAUGCAGACAAGCACAACACAACCGAGUCCAUUAGCAGAUAAAAGCUCCCAUAAAGAUCCAGAGAUGCCAUCAUUUCAGGAUGAAGAAGAGAAGCAUGUACCUGGUUUUCUUGAUUCAGAUCAAGCUAUGAAUAUAGUAGACUCAGAACUUCCAGUAUCUUUGAAACGCAAGAUUGAGAUGGAUCAGGAAGAACAAGAACGAAUGUCGUCCAAAAAGAUUAUCCUUGCACAAGACUCAUGAUCUUGGAGGUUGUCGUUUGGUGAGAUCAAUAAAAAAAAUUAACAAUAAAACAAAAAAUUCAAU